CCGCCAGAGGCAAUAGAAACAGAAAAUAGCACAAGACCCAAAAAGACAGGUGUAUUAUAUAUAAUCCUGAUCCUGCACCUGAUCCUUGACUGCCGUAAGUUGUUCCGCCCGCGACUGUUAAGUGAAGUUAAACAAAUGUGAACAGUGGCGUCGCCAUCGACGCAGCAGCAGGAGCAGCCCCAGAAACCAACGCAGUUGCACCCCCGCAAACAAAAAGUUCUGGGCCAUGGGCACCAAGGAGUCCAAACACUCCAAUAGCAUCAGCUAUGAGGAUUCGGUGAAGCGCGUUAGCGAUGUGGAACUGCGGCGCCUAAGAGAUGCCUUUAAAAAGUCGGCGGGCGUUGGCCGCAACUUCCUCAGCCGAAAUGCCUUCCAGCAGGACGUCCUCUGCGAGGGAGUGCCGCCAAAAAUCACGGACAUGCUAUAUGCCGCCUGUGGUGGCACUCAACGAGGCAUCUCCUUCAAUGAUCUGCUCUGCGGUCUGGUCCUGAUCACACGGGGAACCCAGGGGGAAAAGACCAAAUUUCUGUGGAACCUCUACUGCAACGACGCCGGCACCUUUAUCAUCAAGUCAGACUAUCUGCGCAACGUCAAUUUGGCUCCCUUCGAGAGCGUCUCCCUGUUCGCCCAAAGCGAACGUGUCAAUUUCGAGCAGUUUCAGGACUGGAUCACCACGCAUCGCAAUGCCACUGUCCUGUCCAAAUGGCUACUGGCCGACAACUGUGUCAGCCUCACCUCGGAGCUGGAGACGCCAACGUUCUACCAGAGCCUAGCGGGAGUGACUCAUUUGGAGGAGAAGGAUAUUGGUGAUCUGGAAAAGGAGUUUUGGCGCCUGAAGAGCAUUUCCCAAAACGGCCAAAUUGAUCUGCAGUUUCUGGGCCCGCUGAUCAGCCCACCCAUACCAAAGAAUGCGUUGGCGGGACUGUUUAAUGCCUUCGAUGAGAACCGCGACGGACACAUUGACUUCAAGGAGCUGUGUUGCGGAGUGAGUGCCGCCUGCCGUGGACCAGGAGUGGAGAGAACGCGCUUUUGCUUCAAGAUCUUCGAUGUGGAUCGCGAUGGAGUUCUUAGCCACGAGGAGACGCUGCAAAUGAUCGAUGUUCUGCUGCUGGUGGCCAAGGAGAACCGCGAGGCGCAGCAGCACAAGGAGCUGACCAAGCAACUGGUGAUCAGUGACCUGCUGGAGUUUGGCCAGCGCAGAAGUCCCGACGGCACGCCCAGCAAACUAACCCGCGACAAUGUCUCGCUGACCGCCGAGGACUUUAUGCUGUGGACCGUGCAAUGCGAUCUGAGACUCAUGCAGCCCCUGCUGGACCUGAUCUUCGAGCUCUGCCACAUCGUCUUCGGCCUCUGGCCGCAGUGCAAGCACAUGGAGAACGACAUUGUCCGUGGCUGGCUGCGACGCGAGGAACGCAGGCCGUACCGCGUGGGUCAGUUCUGGUACCUGAUCACGCGCGACUGGUGGCUCGGUUGGAUGCAAUACACCCAGCACACGGCCCACACCUGCGACUAUUGCAAACGCACCGCUAGCCAGCGAACCGCUGUGGAAGAGGCGCUCGUCUGCGAUGAGAGCUUCAAUACCAACAGCCUGGAGCAGCACGACAGCUACUCCCUGGGCUCGGGCACUGGCUCUGCCUCCGGAUCCGGAUCGGGGUCGGGGAGCAGUGGAAUCUCCGCCGGACGACACUGCGGACCCGUGCGACCGGGACCCAUCGACAAUAGCAAUCUGAUCACGGCCAAUCCGUUUCGCAAUGUGCGCACCCUCACCGGCGAGGGCGGCCACCUCAAGCGUGACACACCCCUGGUGCAGAGCCACGACUUCGAGCUGGUCCCCAAGUCCCUGUGGAAGGCCCUGAAUCGGUGGUAUGGCGACAAUCUGCCACUGCCGCGACAGGUCAUUCAACCACCCAACUCGGAUGUGGAACUCGAGCUGUACCCGCUAAACCUGCGCAUCCUGCUUCACCAGGCGCAACCCUCCCAGACGGGCGUUGGCGGCGGCACUCAACUCGGCAGCUGGGGCUCCACGGUGAGCGGUGGCUACGGCGUUUUGGCCUCCGGCGGCGGAUAUGCGGCCAUCGCGGCCAGCAGCGUGCUGCAGCCACCGAAGCGGUAUCUGGCCUACACGGCUGCCUUCAGUCGACUGGCCACGGUGCGCCAGGUGGGCGAGUUCCUGUGCGAGCAGCUGCGUCUCAAGUCGGAGGACAUCCGGCUGUGGCACGUGCCGCAGCUGGACAACGGUGCCAUAUUGCUGGAGGAGGAUGCCAUGUGCCUGAAAGAGCUGCUCAUUCGGGACAACGACCAGCUGCUGCUGGAGAUCCGCAACAAAGAUCUGACCUGGCCGGAGGAGCUCGGCUCCCUGGCCACCGCUCAGAGUGGCCAAAGUGCGGGAGCGCCUGGCGACCGUCGUCGCCUCACCCGCAGCUCGAUUAUGUCGGUACAUGCGCCGGGAGCCACUGGGCUGCACAAUCUGGGCAACACCUGCUUCAUGAACGCCGCCCUCCAGGUGCUGUUCAACACGCAACCGCUGGCCCAGUAUUUCCAGCGCGAGAUGCACCGCUUCGAGGUGAAUGCGGCCAACAAGCUGGGCACAAGGGGUCAGCUGGCCAUGCGUUAUGCGGAGCUGCUGAAGGAGGUUUGGACCGCCACGACGCGCUCGGUGGCGCCGCUCAAGCUGCGCUUUUGCGUCAACAAGCAUGCGCCGCAAUUCGCCGGCGGCGGUCAGCACGAUUCCCAGGAGCUGCUCGAGUGGCUGCUGGACGCCCUGCACGAGGAUCUCAAUCGCGUGAUGGAGAAGCCGUACAGCGAGCUGAAGGACUCCAACGGACGCCCCGACAAGAUCGUGGCCGCCGAGGCCUGGUCGCAGCACCACGCCCGCAACCAGUCCAUCAUCAUCGACCUGUUCUACGGCCAACUGAAGUCCAAGGUCAGCUGCCUGGGCUGCGGACACGAGUCGGUGCGCUUCGAUCCGUUCAGUUUGCUCAGCCUGCCGCUGCCGGUGGAGAACUAUGUGUAUUUGGAGGUCUUGGUUAUCCUAUUGGAUGGGACGGUGCCCACUAAAUACGGGUUUCGCCUGAACUCGGAGUGCAAGUACUCGCACCUGAAGCACAAGCUGGCCACCCUGUGCUCCCUGCAGCCAAAUCUGAUGCUCGUCUGUGAGCUGUGGAACUCGCAAAUACGCCAGGUGCUCGCCGACGAGGAGAAGUUGCGCACGCAGAGUGCCAAGGAGCUGUAUGUCUACCAGUUGCCCGAGCAGAGUGUGCGGACGCGGUCCAACUCGGUGCUCAGCAUGCACAUCGAGCAGGGACUCAAGGACAUUCAGCGCAGUUCGGCUCUUAUCACCACGGCACAGGACUCGCUGUCCUCGCUGAGCACGCUGCAAACUUCAAGCCACCGCGCCUCGUCGCGAGUCCUGUGCAACGGCCAUGUGCCAGGACUGGAAGUCGAAACGGAGCUGGAGGCCACAGAUGCCUCCCGCAAUAAUUACAAUUCCAUCAAUAGCAAUUUCAGCGGAAACGGGAGCGGGGAGAACCAAGUGCACGAACUGCUGCCAGAUGAGGCCGGAAAGGAGUCGCUCAUCCUGAGCUCCAGCCCGGAGAACACAUUCAUGCACGGUGCGGCCGCCCAGCAGAAUCGGGUGUCCUCCGCCAAGUUGCUGCACACGGAGAGCAACACCAGCUCCAUGUCCUACACGAAUCACUCCGGCGAGAAUUCCAUGGAGAGCUCGCUGACGGAGCCCAUUCCGAUGACCGAUGGCCGCCUGGCGGCAGUGAGUAGCCGCCAUGGCAGUGGCAGCGGUAGCGAUGACAGCUCAUUGCGGACAUCGCCGAACGAAUCGAGUGGCCUGAGCACUGGCCACACACUGGGCGCCAGCCUGGAUGUGGACGAACAGGCGGUGGAGGGCAACGAGGAGGAGCACGAUCAGCCGGAUCAGAUCACCACCUCGCAGCCGGAGACCAGCAGUGGCGUGUACUCGCGCCGCUCCUCGCAGCCGCCGCACAAGGCGGCCAAGUAUCUGGUGGCCGUGCACCGGAAGAUCACGCGGCACGACAGCUACUUCCUCUCCUACCACAAGACGCGGCCCAGCCUGUUCGGGGUGCCGCUGCUCAUCCCCAACAGCGAGGGCGGCACCCACAAGGAUCUGUACUGCGCCGUGUGGCUGCAGGUGAGCAGGCUGCUCAGCCCGCUGCCCGCCACCACGGAACAGGCCAAUCAUGCCGCCGAUUGUGACGAUAGCCUGGGCUACGACUUUCCCUUCACGCUGCGUGCCGUCAAGGCGGACGGACUCACCUGCGCCAUCUGCCCCUGGUCCAGCUUCUGUCGGGGCUGCGAGAUUCGCUGCAACAACGACUACGUGCUCCAGGGAGCCCUGCCGCCCAUCAAUGCCGUGGCCAGCAAUACAUCGACGCCAAAAAUGAAUGCUAAAUUCCCAUCGCUACCAAAUCUGGAGGCCAAGCGGACGCCAGAGUACACCGCCUCGUUGUCCUACACACCGACAACGAAAUAUUUUGAAGACUUUACCAUUGCCAUCGACUGGGAUCCGACCGCCUUGCAUUUGCGCUACCAAAGCACCUUGGAGCGUCUUUGGGUGGAUCACGAGACCAUUGCCAUAAGUCGGCGGGAGCAAGUGGAGCCCGUGGACCUCAAUCAUUGCCUGCGCGCCUUCACCUCCGAGGAGAAACUGGAGCAGUGGUAUCACUGCAGUCACUGCAAGGGCAAGAAACCGGCCACCAAGAAGCUGCAGAUCUGGAAACUGCCUCCGAUAUUGAUUGUGCACUUGAAGCGUUUCAACUGCGUGAACGGCAAGUGGGUGAAGUCACAGAAAGUGGUUCACUUCCCCUUCGAUGACUUUGAUCCCACGCCGUACCUGGCCUCAGUGCCCCAGGAGACGAUACUGCGGCACAAGGAGUUGCUGGAACUGAAGAAGGACGCCGAGUUGCCGAUGGCAAGCAAUGAAGUUGUUAGCGAGAUGGACGAGAUCGAUGCGACCGUCAGCCAGGACAAGGAGGAGCAGACAACUCAGGCGGAGGCAACUCCCGCCGCCGCCACCGCCGCCGCUGCUACUACAGCGCCCACCGCCAGUAUCCUGCGCCAGAACAAGAACAUCAAGGCUGCCCGGCGUCAGCGGCUCAUCUCGACGAGUCUCACCAAAACGCCCAUUGUGGACGGCGAGUUCGAGGACUAUCACCAGCACCGACUCAAGCCGGAGGUGGAUGAGUUCGAUCCCAGAUACCGACUCUACGCUGUUGUGUCACACUCGGGCAUGCUGAACGGAGGCCACUACAUUUCCUAUGCAUCGAAUGCAACUGGUUCCUGGUACUGCUACAACGACAGCUCCUGCCGCGAAAUAUCACAGAAGCCGGUCAUCGAUCCGAGUGCCGCCUAUCUGUUGUUUUACGAGCGCAAGGGCCUCGACUACGAGCCCUACCUUCCGAACAUCGAGGGACGGGCCCUGCCCAGCGCCUUCAGCGUGCCGCUCGAGGUGGACGAGACCGAGGGGGAGCUGAAGAAGCUGUGCUCAAUUUCCUAACUGAUGAUGUCCACAUCCUGGUACCGUGGGCAUCGUGGCUAUGAAGAUUAUAUUAUCCAUUCUUACCCAUUCUGUUCUAGAGACUCUGUGUUUUGUUUCACACCGCGUAUGUUUUGUUAUUUACUAUUCUAAGCUGAUUCUGAUUUUCUGCAGUAGUUGUGUUUAGCCCCUAAUUAGUUAUAAGCCUACCCUCUAUUUUCUUUGCCGAAAACUGUUUUUGCAUGUAAUAUACAAUAUUCACGUUUAGCUUGUAAAUAAUACGUUACAUUGGUUUGUCACGUCGAACAAAUCUAUUCUCAAUUUUUUUCCCGUUGCUUUGUUUUGUUUUGUUGUGUAUAAUUUUUAAAUUUGUACUUGUAUUAGGCCAGCAGUGCCAGCUUGUAAUUAUUUAGGCCAGACCAUGUCGGGAAAUUCCAUUUAAUUUGUAAUUAUUGCUGUAAAUAACAAGCGGAAGUUAAGCCCGAAAGGCGAAAAGUUUUAGGCAGUUUUGAUAUUAAUCGAUGAUCAGCAAUAUUAAGAUGUUACGAAUUUCAUCCCAAGAACUCGCGGACUAUUGUUGGUCUACUCAUCCCGUAUUUACAUGUAUUGAUUGGCUUUGUGUGACGUGCCGAACGGAUUCGGUUCGAAAUUAGUAUUGCGCUUAUCAGAUAUGACUUAAAUAUGUCUAAUGAAUGUGUAUUUGAUAUUUACAAAUAUAUAUAUAUACACCCACAGAUAUAUAUAUACAUACAGAACUUAACUAAUUUAUAUUAAUAUACUUGAACAUGAUGAUAUAUUCGAAACGAAAAGCUAUGAAUAAAACAACUUUUAUCGCUUGAA